CGAGAGUGGCCCUGCCCGGUAGCUGCAGCCGCUGCCUGCCUUGAUGGCGUCCGACUCCGACACCGAGGAGCUGUUCUACGACGCGACCGAGGACGUCGCCCUGCACGGAGGGACUCCCACGCCGUCACCUACCAAAGUUGGGCCACUAAUACCGAAGGAACUGGGCAAUGGUCCACAGACAGCAGAGAGUGAGGCAGCCCUGCAGGAAGUAAAACAAGAUGAUCCUAAAGAGAUAAUAGACAAUAUUAUAGAAGAGAGCCAGAAAGCACGCCAGCUAGAGGAAGAUGUUUUGGAUCCAGCGGGAAAGAAACUGCCUGACCCCCCACCACAUACCGAUACUUGGAUUUCUGGAGCAGACAUUCUUCAGCAUAUUCCUGAACUAUUGGUUGCAGAAACAUCGCUAGAAGGACAUAAUGAAGAAUAUUCAAUUCAGGCUCCAUUCCGGGCAAAUGAAGUUGAAUACAGGCAGGUUCUGCCAUCUCAUGACGAUGCACAGGAGCAUCAAGGUGGGGAAGCCACUGAUAAAUCAGCAGAACUUGCAAAUAAUCUCCAAGAGUUCAAGGCAACAGAAGCCAAUGAGCCAGAAGAGGGAUUGAAGAGGGAGGAUGCAUCUGAUGUAAGGCAGGCAGAGAUCUUGGAUCAGAGGGCCCUGGAUUUCUUGCCUACCAAAGAUUUCUCUACCACAGAGGAGUUCCCUCCAGCCAAACCCCCAAGGCAGCUCACUGCAGAGCCGGACAUAGUUGCCAGCACCAAGAAAUCUGGACCUGUUCGCCCUCCCCCUCCAGUGAGCAUCCCCCCUCCCCGACCCCCACCCCCGGCACGGCCUGCCCCACCACCGAGGAAGAAAAAAAGCGACUUAGAAGUUGAGGUGCAAAAGAUACCUGGUUUUGAAGAUCCUGGGGAGGCCUUUUCAUCUGACGGGCUCUUAUCUCCAAAUGCGCCCUCAGAUUCCAUGGCCAAAGAUUCUCAGCCUUCAUUGGAUCUAGCAAGUGCAACAAGUGGAGAUAAAAUUGUCACUGCCCAGGAAAAUGGGAAACCAGCUGACGGACAGACAACAGCGGCUGACGUCAUCGGUCCUCAGAGACCCAGGUCUAAUUCUGGCAGGGAACUCACAGAUGAGGAAAUUCUGGCCAGUGUCAUGAUAAAGAAUCUUGACACAGGGGAAGAGAUCCCCCUGAGUUUGGCAGAGGAGAAGCUGCCCACAGGGAUCAACCCGUUGACGUUGCAUAUCAUGAGGCGGACAAAGGAAUAUGUCAGUAACGAUGGAGCCCAGUCUGACGACGAAGACAAAAUGCAAUCUCAGCAAAGCGACCUAGAUGGAGGGCGGUUAAAACAGAAAACGACGCAGCUGAAAAAGUUCUUGGGCAAAUCAGUCAAGAGGGCAAGGCAUCUGGCCGAAGAAUAUGGGGAGCGUGCUGUCAAUAAAGUGAAAAGUGUUCGAGAUGAAGUUUUCCACACUGAUCAAGAUGACCCCUCUUCGAGUGAUGAUGAAGGGAUGCCGUACACAAGGCCAGUGAAAUUCAAAGCAGCACAUGGUUUCAAGGGGCCUUAUGACUUUGAGCAAGUAAAAGUCGUUCAGGACCUCAGCGGGGAGCACACGGGAGCUGUUUGGACAAUGAAGUUUUCUCACUGCGGCCGGUUGCUGGCUUCAGCAGGACAGGACAAUGCUGUCAGAAUCUGGGUGCUGAAGAAUGCUUUCGACUACUUCAAUAACAUGCGAAUGAAAUACAACACAGAAGGUCGAGUAUCACCCUCCCCGUCUCAAGAAAGUUUGAAUUCUUCCAAGUCAGAUAACGAUGCAGGGGUUUGCAGUGGGACUGAUGAGGACCCUGAUGAUAGAAACACACCAUUUCGUCAACGGCCAUUCUGCAAAUAUAAAGGACACACAGCAGAUCUCCUUGAUUUGUCAUGGUCAAAAAAUUACUUCCUGCUGUCUUCUUCCAUGGACAAGACAGUCCGGCUGUGGCACAUAUCGAGGCGGGAGUGCCUGUGUUGUUUCCAGCACAUUGACUUUGUCACUGCUAUUGCAUUCCAUCCAAGGGAUGACAGAUACUUCUUGAGCGGCUCGCUGGAUGGGAAGCUCCGACUCUGGAACAUUCCUGACAAAAAAGUGGCGUUGUGGAACGAAGUGGAUGGGCAGACCAAGCUGAUCACAGCUGCAAACUUUUGCCAAAAUGGCAAAUAUGCAGUGAUCGGCACCUAUGAUGGCCGGUGCAUCUUCUAUGACACAGAGCACUUGAAGUAUCACACGCAAAUACAUGUGCGGUCCACCAGAGGACGCAAUAGAGUCGGAAGGAAAAUCACUGGAAUUGAACCUCUGCCGGGUGAAAAUAAGGUUCGACUUUCUCUUACCUUGCAGUCACUCCAGUUCUUUGUGUUGUCCACGUAAUUCCACUCAGACCCC